CUUUCUGACUUGGAACUCUCGUCACGGCUUGGCUGUGCAGCUAACCGUGGAGUGGUUGAUCCGAAGUCAGUAAAUAGUUGCAGCCAAAAGCCUUCUGUUUGGAUUCUGAACUAUGACAUCAUGGCAAGAUUUCGCAGAAGAACGUGCAUCAUUUUGUUGCUGUUUAUUUUGUUUAUUUGCUCCAUAAUGAUGGCUUUGAAGACCCUGCGACCUGACAGAGCUGGUUUGGGGGAUCCAUUUGGACUUGGUUUGUUGCUUGAGCUUCAACAACGGACAGCGCUUUUGGACAAUAAACAGAAUUCAUUAAAUAGGGUUCAAGGACCCUAUGAAACACCUGUCAAUCAUUUCCACAGUAUUGCAGUCAAUACCAUGAAAGCAUCUAUGCCUGCUGUAAACAAGCAGGAAGGAGAGCUGUCUUCUCCUAAUUAUAACUUUCACAUAUUCUACUAUAGUUGGUUUGGGAAUCCGCAGUUUGAUGGUAAAUAUAUUCAUUGGAACCACCCGUUGUUGCCACAUUGGGAUCCCAAAAUUGCAAACAAUUAUCCAAAGGGAAGGCAUAAUCCUCCUGAGGACAUUGGAGCCAACUUUUAUCCUGAACUCGGAUCUUACAGUUCCAAAGACCCUUCUGUCAUAGAAGCCCACAUGAAACAAAUGCGUUCAGCUUCAACUGGUGUAAUAGUGCUUUCAUGGUACCCACCAGGUAUGGCUGAUGAAAAUGGAGAACCAACUGAUGAUUUAGUGCCUGUUAUUUUGGAUUAUGCACACAAAUAUAAUCUAAAGGUGACUUUUCAUAUUGAACCUUACAAAGACCGAGAUGAUCGCAGUAUGUACCACAAUGUCAAAUAUAUCAUUGACAAAUAUGGAGGCCAUUCAGCCUUUUACAGGUAUAAGACCAGCACAGGCAGAUUUCUUCCCAUGUUUUAUAUUUAUGAUUCCUACGUAACAAUUCCUGAAAUUUGGGCAAACCUGCUAACUGUCUCUGGAUCCCAGAGUAUCCGAAACACUCCAUACGAUGCGUUAUUCAUUGCGCUUCUUGUAGAGGAAAGACAUAAGCAUGACAUCCACAGAAGUGGCUUUGAUGGGAUGUACACCUACUUUGCCACCAAUGGCUUCUCCUAUGGCUCAUCUCAUCAUAACUGGGCAAGUUUAAAAGCCUUUUGUGAUAGUAACAACUUGAUGUUCAUCCCAAGCGUGGGGCCGGGCUAUAUCGACACCAGUAUCCGGCCGUGGAACAACCACAACACACGGAACCGUGUCAACGGCAAGUACUAUGAGACGGCCUUCAGCGCGGCCCUGCUGGUGCGGCCCGAAAUCAUUUCCAUCACAUCUUUUAAUGAAUGGCAUGAGGGAACUCAGAUUGAAAAGGCUGUCCCCAUGCAGACUGGGCAGGUGGUUUACCUUGACUAUAAACCCCAUCAACCAAAUGUUUACUUACAGCUUACUCAGAAGUGGUCCGAGAAGUACAGAAGAGAACAAGAACAGUGGCUUAUGUGAGCCACUGCUGCUGCAGUUUAUUCCUAAUGUGAUGGCGACACCAAGAAAGAAAUUGAGAGCUGAAAAAUUUCUUCAUCAUAGAUAGGUUCAAAUUAUUAUAUGUCUUGAAUGUAUAUGCACUACUACUGAAUUUGAAUUUUGGAGAGUAAAACAUGAUGAGAAGAUUGGCACUUCUGUCUUACUCCAUAUUGCAGUUCAAGAAUAUUCAGGGAAGAUGCUGGGCCUUUGUUUGUUUUAAACUCCAUAAUGUGUAUGCUGAGCUUGCAGGACAUGUGCAUGGAAUUAACUACAUAACCAAAGCAGAACAAAUGUUUGGCUUACUUAUACUUACUUCCUUUAUUCCUGUAGUUGUGUUUCUAAUCACAGGGAUGCUGUAACCUAAUUUUUUAUCCUGGUAGCUUCUUGCAGGAUGCAUGUCUCUAAUGUGCGGAAGAAUUUCCAUCUACUGUUACUAACGCUUUGCACACAGGGCGUUCUUGACACAUUGACUAGAUUGUGGUAAAAAAGCACUGAAGAGGUAGGAAUAACACAAUACUAGUGGGUUUUGGUUUAAAAGAAAGAAAAAAGCUGAAUUCCAAAGAACUUGAUAGGUAUUCGAUACGCGAUGCAGACCUCUGCAGGUUAUGGGAUACUGACCAUGUUACUUUCAACUUUGAAGGAAAAAAAAAGUUUGAAACUGAGAAUGGAAAAGGCUUUUAUAUGGGGCAAAAA